UUUUUGGUUUAUAAUAACCAAAACCUAAAAGAAAAUUUAGUUUUCAAAAUUGAAUUUUGGAUGAAAAUGUUAUUAGGAACACAAAAUCAUUGUAAUGGCAAUAUAGCGGCAUCAAAAUCAACAGCGUCGACGGGUGCGACUGAUUUUUCAAUAGCUGCUAUUAUGGCUCGCGGAGGAGCAUCGAGUAGAGAAGCUUCGGAAAGAAGCUUGAGUCCUCUGUCUGUAGAUCGUUAUCCAGAAGUCGAUGACGAUGUCGAUGUAGACGUGGAACAAUGUAGUGAUUCCGAAGCGCCUCAACGUAACUGCAGACACAGUCAAAAUCAAUUAAAUAGUAACAAUAACAAUAAUAAUAAUCAUAAUAAUAAUAAUAAUAAUAAUAACAAUAAUAACAAUAAUAAUAAUAAUAAUAAUAAUAAUAGCAUUAAAGAUAGUGUAUCCUGUGCGUCACCUACAUCGCCUUCUGAGUCGGAAUGCGAUAGAUUAACACCGGAACCAGUUCAGGUAAACAACUUCAACAAUAAUACAAAGCUAGAUAACAAUACUCCUACUACUAGUACAUCAAAUAGUAGCUCAACUACUUCUUCUACUACAACAGAAAAAUUAAAAACGAAAAAAUCACGUCCACAAAUACAAGGUUCAUGCAACUGUGACGAUUUAAAACCGGUACAAUGUCACUUGGAAACAAAAGAAUUAUGGGAUAAAUUUCAUGAACUAGGAACAGAAAUGAUAAUUACGAAAACUGGAAGGCGAAUGUUUCCAACGGUACGGGUAAGUUUUUCUGGACCAUUGCGACAAAUUCAACCUCCUGAUCGGUAUGCUGUGUUAUUGGAUAUUGUAGCUGUCGACUCACGUCGGUAUCGUUAUGCAUAUCAUAGAUCUUCUUGGUUAGUGGCCGGCAAAGCGGAUCCACCACCACCAGCGCGAUUAUAUGCUCACCCAGACAGUCCCAUUAGUUGCGAAGCACUAAGAAAACAAGUUGUUUCAUUUGAAAAAGUAAAACUAACUAAUAAUGAAAUGGACAAAAACGGACAA